CUUGUGCAGCCAUUUCACAGCCUGCUCUAAACAACAAGAUGCAGCCUCUGCGAAAAGGGUCAUGCUUAUCAAAAUCAGGAAAACGAAAGAUUUGCUUUUGGCUACAAAAAGAAAAGGACACAAACCGUUUUGUUUUCUUAUGGGUUUUUAUGAAUAGAGUAGAAACAUAUGGUGUUAAUCUACGGAGAACUAGUAGUCUCUAUGAUUACAUGUUUGUAUAAAAAAGGAUAAUUUUACAGACUAUCCUAUUCUGACGAUGACAUCCAAUUCUCUCGCGUCUCGUCUCUCUGAUGGCGAAGCACGAAGGCAGAACUUUUCAGAUUGAUAUCACCAUGCCAGAAGGGUAUCCAUUUGAGCCUCCAAAGAUGCAAUUUUCAACCAAAGUUUGGUUGAAGAAUUUGGAGUUUAUGUCAAAACAUGGUCCAUAUGCUUUGGAGACAGAACAACCAUCGGUUAGAAGUAUUCUUGUCCAGAUCAAGCUUACAAUGGGCACUGGCCAGUGGGCAAUAUGUAUUUAUUACGAUGCACGUAACUAAUAUAGAGGACGUUAACCAAAUCUCUUCUUCUUUUACCAAACCAAGAGCCUUCAUCAUCAUCAUCAUCGGAGAAAGAGAGCCAUGGCUCAUUCGCUGGAGCUGUGUUUAACAUCUCAACGAGCAUCGUCGGAGCUGGGAUUAUAUCCAUUCCGGCGGCGUUUAAAGUUUUGGGUGUCAUCCCAUUUAUUUCGAUAGUCGUGAUCAUAGCUUGGCUCUCCAAUGUAUCAGCUGGGUUUCUGAUGAAAUCGACGCUCGUCGGAGAGUCAACGACUUACGCCGGCGCGAUGAAGGAUUCGUUUGGGAAACCUGGCGCCGUCGCUGUUACUAUUGCUUCAUGAGCGAUUAAAUUUGUCGCAAAAUCUAUUGUUUUCUUUUUCAUAAACUCAAAAUUUGACAACAUUAAAAACAACUGAAUGUUUAAACACAAGAUUAUGAGUCGAUUGAGACAGUAUUUGUUCUUGAUUUCUACCAAAAGCUUUUCCCAAA